UAAUUCACUCAAAGAGCACAUGGUCCUGCAAAUCACUGAUAACGAUUGACCGCCAUGACUGACCCCAACUUCCGCAUCGAAACCGAUCGUCUAUAUAUCUCCUACUGCCUUCCCACUUCCCCCACUCACUGUGCAUUCCUCGUUCAACUUUAUAACUCGCCCUCCUUCAUUGCCACUUGUGGUAACACGGGCAUCACCACUACAGAACAAGCGAAAGCCUUCAUCGAAAAGCGCUUCGUAGCUACUCACGCCCGGCACGGGCACGGCCAGUACUUGGUCUCGCUCAAGGAGACCUCAAAACAUGUUGGAAUUGUGAGCCUAAUGAAGGGCGAUUCACCCGAACAGUCGUAUCCCGUACCCGACGUGGGAUUUGCUAUGCUCCCCGAGGUGUCUGGGCAGGGAUAUGCGACGGAAGCCGCUAGGAAGCUACUCGACUAUGCUUCAGAGGUGUUGGGCGUUAAAGAGGUUUUUGGGUUCACCGACGCUAAGAAUACUGCGAGCCGACGAGUUCUUGAGAAGCUGGGAUUAGAAGAUCGUGGGGUGCAUCUACUGCGAGUGUUCAAUUUUGAGGCUAGUUCCGUAUACACCUCACCGAGUAUGGUGGAUCUGAAGGCGUACGGCAUCGAGUAGUUCAACUAGAUAAAAAAAGCCUUUUUUUUGUUUCAAGAACAUUGAAGUAGUAGGAAAUUCUGUCUGCGUCUCUUGCACCACGGCUAGCAACCUUUCAAGCUAGUAUAUCAAGAAAACUUUCUCCCGCUCCCAGCAGCUGUCCAACUUUGAAGCUAUUACCCGAGGCCCUCAUGACCCAGGAUUGAGGUAGCGAAAAUGAAGCCAGCUUCCUUC